AUGCGUCUCAUUGAUUUGAGCUCAGUUGCACUCCCGUUGAUUUUGGCCCUCUCAUCAGUGCCAGAUAUCGUGGAUGCUUCGAAAAAUGGCCGUCCGGUCUGCACCGUCAAAGCAAAAGGGCACCAGAAAGAUGAUGUUCCGGAAAUACUGAACGCCUUUGAGAAAUGUGGCCACGGCGGCACCGUCAUAUUCCCUGAAGAUCAGUCAUAUUGGAUUGCAACGAGGCUGAAUCCCAUCGUCAACGACGUGAUCAUUGAAUGGAGAGGCAAAUGGACGUUCUCUGACGAUCUGGCCUAUUGGCGUAACAACUCAUACCCCAUUGCAUUCCAAAAUCACGCUGCGGGAUUUGUCAUCUCGGGCGAUGAUAUCCAGAUCGACGGAUACGGCACUGGAGGCAUUGAUGGCAACGGGAAUGCCUGGUACACAGCUGAAAAGGGAACCACUCAGCCUGGACGACCGAUGCCCUUUGUCUUUUGGAAUGUAUCCGACGUUCGUGUAAGCGACUUCUACGUCAAGGAUCCGCCAUUGUGGAGCUUGAAUAUCAUGAAUGGCACCAACAUGCGUUUCAACAAUAUCAAGUGCAAUGCAACGGCGGUGGAUGCGCCAUAUGGUCAGAAUUGGGUGCAGAAUACAGAUGGAUUCGACACCAUGGAUGUCGACAACGUCCAAUUGACCAAUUUCAUCUACCAAGGCGGCGACGACUGCGUCGCCAUCAAGCCGAGGUCAUACAACGUUGAGGUCCGAAAUGUUACCUGCCGCGGUGGGAACGGCAUUGCAAUCGGCAGUCUCGGCCAAUAUCUCGAAGAUUCCAGUGUCCGUAAUGUACUGGUAGACAACGUCAAGAUCAUCCGAUACAACGAGGAUAUGCACAACAGCGCAUAUAUCAAGACGUGGAUUGGAGCUCAAGUUCCCCAAAAAGGCUACGAAAGUGCAGGCCUUCCUCGAGGAGGGGGCUGGGGCGGUGUGUCCAACAUUCUCUUCUCCAACUUUGAUAUUCAAGGUGCCAACUCAGGCCCCGCGAUCACACAGGACAGCGGUAAUAAUGGAUCUUUCUCGGGAUCCAGCCUCAUGAGUAUCUCGAAUGUGGCCUUUGUCAAUUUCACCGGCAACAUUGCGACGACUAAAAGCAGGACAUCUUCCGUGUCGUGUUCUAAGGUGCAUCCAUGCUACAAUAUUGAUUUUGACCAUGUGGCACUGUAUCCAACCAACUCGACCACUGUUGGAACAGGUUCCUGCAAGUACACGGCAGAUGGAGGAGUUCAUGGGCUCAGUGGUUGUUGA